UCUCGCACAAAGUUGGACGUGACGUCUGAAAAAUUACCUUUGAUUCUUCCCUUACCUUUUUUUUCUUUAAACUUACUUAUACCAAGUCUUUAUACUUCACCAUGAGCGACGAUGACGAUUUUAUGUUGGAGGACGACGAGCAAGAUUACGAUUUUGAUUAUGAUGUUGACGACGACGAAGAACCCGAUGUCGAUCUCGAGAAUAAAUAUUACAAUGCGAAAGGUCGAUAGCCUUAUUCAACGGAAUGAGCGGAUGUAUGAUGGUUGACCGCUUUAGUUUUUAUACAGCUCGCAAGGAAGACGAUCCGGAAGGCGCGAUCUCUGAGUUCCAAAGUGUCGUCGACACGGAAGAGGAAAAAGGCGACUGGGGGUUUAAAGCUUUGAAGCAAAUGGUCAAGACAAGCUUCCAGCUCGGAAAACAUGACGAUACGUUGCGAUAUUAUAAGCAGUUAUUGACCUAUGUUAAAUCGGCGGUCACGCGCAAUUACAGCGAAAAAAGUAUUAAUAAUAUUUUGGAUUACACGGCUACAGCGGAUAACAUGGCGUUCAUGGAGACUUUCUACCAAAUAACGUUGGAUUCGUUGGUGGAGACCAAAAAUGAACGUUUAUGGGUGAAAACCAACCUCAAGCUGGCAAAACUAUGGCUGGAUCGGCAUGAGUAUAAUCGACUGAAUAAGAUUCUCCGACAAUUACAUUCUGCAUGCCAAAAAGAUGAUGGCACAGAUGACCAACGAAAAGGCACACAAUUACUGGAAGUGCUGGCUUUGGAAAUCCAGAUGUACACCGAAACGAAGAAUAACAAGAAACUAAAGGAACUUUAUCAACAAUGUUUGCACGUAAAAUCCGCUAUUCCACAUCCUCGUAUCAUGGGUGUCAUCCGUGAAUGUGGUGGCAAGAUGCAUAUGAGUGAAAAACAAUGGGACAAAGCGCAAACAGACUUUUUUGAAUCGUUCAAGAAUUACGACGAAGCUGGCAGUCCCCAGCGUAUUCAAGUACUCAAGUAUCUCGUGCUAGCGAAUAUGUUGACCGAAUCACAGAUCAAUCCGUUCGAUUCUCAGGAAACGAAGCCAUAUAAGAAUGACAAAGAGAUUGUGGCUAUGACGAACCUCGUAAGCGCAUAUCAAAAGAAGGAGAUUGGAGAAUUCGAGCGGAUACUGCAAUCCCAUCGAGCCACCAUUGCGGGUGAUCCAUUCAUUCGCGCAUACAUUGACGACGUUUUGAAGAAUAUCCGCACUCAAGUAGUCUUGAAGCUUAUCAAGCCAUACACUCGGAUAGAGCUUGGCUUUAUUUCAAAGCAAUUAAAUAUACCAGUAAAAGAUGUGGAGGAUCUGCUUGUCAACCUUAUUCUAGAUGAAAAGAUUUCUGGACGUAUUGAUCAAGUGAAUCAACGACUAGAACUGGAUCGAAGGGUCACGGAUGCGUUAAAGUACGAAGCAUUGGAUACAUGGUCACUCAAUGUUUCCAAACUUUGCAAAACCGUCAUUGGCAAAGCGACUUGAAUAUAAUAUCCUUCUCCUUACCGUGAUCAAACAUGAAGCA